AUGAUUACACUCCCGGACCCGGGUUUGAGAGUCACAAGAAGUUUUAAGGCGGUGCAGCCUGCCCAAGGAUGUCCUCCUGUGGUCUUUAGAAAAGCCUUGGAUUUCUCAGCUGUUCCCACGGAGUACCAGGACCUCCUGGAGAUUUUCAGCAGGGAUUGCGCCACCUCGUCCCUACCACAUCGUCCCUACGAUUAUGCUAUUGACCUCCUUCCGGGCACCACACCGCCUCAUGGGGGUUUCCAGUACCUGGUUGACUGGGAGGGUUAUGACCUGGAGGAGAGGUGCAGGGUCCUCGCUAAGCACAUCCUGGACCCGGCCCUCAUCGGUGACUUUCACUGUCGGCACCCCGUCAUUGUGUCUCUCCUGUCAGAUGAUGCAGCUGACCCACGUGUUUGCCUCAUCUGUGGAGACCGCGCCACAGGCCUGCACUAUGGCAUCAUCUCCUGCGAGGGCUGCAAGGGCUUCUUCAAGCGCAGCAUCUGCAACAAGCGCGUGUACCGAUGCAGCCGAGACAAAAACUGUGAAAUGUCGCGCAAGCAACGCAACCGCUGCCAAUACUGCCGCCUACUCAAGUGUCUACAGAUGGGAAUGAACCGCAAAGCAAUCAGGGAAGAUGGGAUGCCAGGAGGAAGAAACAAAAGUAUCGGGCCUGUCCAGAUCACAGAUGAAGAGAUUGAGCGGAUCAUGUCGGGACAGGAGUUCAAGGAGGAAGCCAGUCUGCCGGAGCACACCUGGAGCAACAACGGUGACAGUAGUGACCACAGUUCUCCUAGCAACGGCGCCUCCGAGGGCAACCAGCCUUCACCUGCUUCCACUCUAUCAUCUAAUCGUUCUUUAGAGAUGGGUGGUGGCUACACAGCUGCUGUCAGGGACCAGUACAUCAACGCCCCCAUGAACACCCCCUACCAGCUGCUACCUCACCUCUUUAGCUAUGCUGCCCAGUCAGGCCUGCUGGCCCCCCAGCCUCGCAGCCUCUACCCCCAGUCACACCCCCUGGUGAUGCAGCUUGUGGCUGCAGAGGACCUGGCCCCACUGGCCACCCCCAUGCUGAUAGAGGAAGGGUACAAGGUGACUCAGGUGGAGUUGUUUGCGCUGCUGUGUCGUCUGGCCGACGAGCUGCUGUUCCGUCAGAUCUCGUGGAUCAAGAAGCUGCCGUUCUUCUGUGAGCUGUCUAUUGAGGACUACACCUGUUUACUCAGCUCCACCUGGCAGGAGCUGAUCCUGCUGUCCUGCCUCACCAUCUACAGUGCACAGAUCUUUGGAGACCUGGCUGACGUCACCGCCAAGUACACUCCCUCUGAUGAGGAGCUGCAGGGGUUCAGUGAGGAUAGCAUGGAGUUAAUGGAGAGGCUGAUCUAUCUGUUCCGCAAGUUCCACCAGUUGAAGGUCAGCAAUGAGGAGUACGCCUGCAUGAAAGCCAUCAACUUCUUGAACCAAGAUAUCCGCGGUCUGACUAACGUCUCCCAGUUGGAGCAACUGAACAAGCGCUACUGGUACGUGUGUCAGGACUACACCGAGUACAAGUACCCUCACCAGCCCAAACGCUUCCCUGAGAUCAUGAUGUGUCUGCCAGAGAUCCGCUUCAUGGCAGGGAAGCUGGUGAACGUUCCUCUGGAACAGCUCCCCCUCUUGUUUAAAGCAGUUCUGCACUCCUGCAAAUCCAGCUUCAUCAGCAACAGGACAGGAAGUUCUCCCUGUAUGCCUACUACUGGUACCUCCCCCGGGAACUGAGCCCCGCACCCUGGCCCCAGGACCGCCCUUUGACAAGAAUCUUACCUGGGGGGUGGGGCCAGGGACUGGUCCCCCUUCCUGUGAAUGUGACAAGCAAUUUUUGUUCUCUAUAUAUUUAUUACACGACAGAGCUGAAUGUAUGCUGAUUUACGCUGUGCACAUGCUUCUGUACAAACUAAAUGCACAUAGAUGCAUUGGUCUUUGGAGUUUACAAAUAUCUAUCCGAUUGCUCAACGUGUCGGUGUUGCCAUUGUUAGAACUAGAUUUUUAAGAUUGAUUUGAUUCGGAAUGGGGACGGGUAUAAAUGAGUUGACAAGUGUUUUGAGACUACCUCAGGAAGAUGAUGUUGCUAUUUUCAGGUACCUUUUUUCUCGCUGUUUUGAAAUGAAGAGGUUGCCCGGUCUAAAUCAAAUCCCUGUAAAUUCUGUAAACUCCUGAAUCAUAGAAGAUAAGUCGGCCUUUACCAUUACAUUGACCAAAGGCAUUGCUGCAUACUCAUUUGAACCAAAGAUAGAAAAGCAUUCAACCCUGCAAUCAACAAAUGAAUGUCCUGAAUUUCCCACUAGUUCUGGUGUAUUUUCUCACUUCCUGUAGUAUUUUUGUACACUCUUUUAUACAAUCCAUAAACAGACUUCCUGUAGGGAUGGCCUGGUCAAUGUAACAUUCCUUGUCUUUCAGUGAGGUGAAAUUUUGUUGGAUUGUGGGUACAGGUAUUUUCUACAAUCAUAGACUGCAGAGCAAAUGUAGUUGCAUAGUUGCAGGGGUAGGGGAAAUGUGUUAUUGGCUUUAAUGAUAAUUUUUUUUGACCAAAGUGAUAUGCAAAGUUUUUUAAGCAGCACACAUAGAUUAGUGAUUAGUCGAUAGCUCGGUGUAAUGGUUUCUUAUCAAUGAAGGACCAGGAUAAGAAAUGAAUCAAUCUGUUUAAGAGCCAGAGGGGAGACUCUCAGACAGACAGUGUAGCUCGUUCUUAUCUUAACCCCUAGGCUGAGACACCACAAACAAUGGCUCCACUCUCUUCUCGCCUAGUCCCUGUUGCACCCAUCUAUUCCUUCAGACAUACAACCCAUCUUGGCUUUCAGCCCUCCACUGGUACUUCCUUGCCCAAACCUGAGCCUCUGCACAUGCUCAAUGGGUUGAUGGUCCGAUCUGCACAGUUAGGCUACAAGGAAAUGCUGGCUUGUUCAUUUGUACUACUACAUUUGUAGACAGUGUUGGGUUUAGAAUGCUCAGGUGACUGUAUUUUGACUGCAACAGAGGAGAGAUGGAGGAGACAUUAGGGGCAUGUCUAUUAAUCUGGUCUGGGUUGACAGACUAGAGGUUACUUCUGGCUUGCACACAUUGUUUAAAAAAGCUAUAUAAAGAAAUAGGUUCUUUAUUUAUGAAGUAUGAGAUGAUCAUUUCAACCAGCCGUUAGCCGUUUCAUAACAACCAUUGUUUAAAAUGUGGAGCAAUGCAGUCCUUGCAACGACUCUUUUAUGCAUGCUGUGGUGAGGCAGGAGACAUUCCUUGACUAUUACCAUGGCAAAGUGCCCACCCCGCAUUCUCCUCUCUCUCAGGUCCUAGUGGACCGGUAUUUAAACAGGGUAAAGUGAGUGUUAUGUAUUGCAUUCAUGAGUUACUCAGUGGUCACUAUGCUGAUGUACUUGUAGGAUUCUUAAUUGUAGAAUUCUGGACAUUGUAGGUCCUUUUAGAAAGUGUUUAAUUUUUAAUUUUUCUUCUGUUUUAUGAAAGUGGCUGUUGUUUAAGGGCAUGUUUUAAGACUUUAACUGUUGCUCCCAGUUCAGUGUUUAGCUUAUUUGUCGGAAGAUGGUCGGAGACAGGACUUAACAUCAGCAAGGUCAGAGAGGUCCCCUCAGAGGUCCACUCUGAGCAUAACCAAGCUAACCUCAAUCAACAGGUGGCCUUACGAUUGCUGCCUCCAUCACUGGGUCUAGACUAGUCUGUCUAUAUCUUCUUAGCCUUAACACUGUACUACACUGUACCAUCUAAUGUCCUGAACCACACUUUGAAUACUUUCACCAAUGCAGUGUUCUUUGUUUCAGUAGUUUCAAUUAGCCACCUUUCCAUGUUUUGUUGUGAUACAUUUCAUGUAUUUUGUUUUUUUGGAGUGGAAAAAGACUCCUAUCAUUUGUUUUAUUUUUAAGGAUUUCUGAUGGAUGUUGAAUGUGAUUCUAUCAACUUGAUGCCACAGUUCCAAAGGAAAUAAUGUUCAUGGUAUUGAUAUUACAAUUCUAAAGUGUUUACGAAUUGAUUACUUUUACUAUUACCAUAAACACUGAUUUGAUGAAUAGAAUGAUAUAUGCAGAGAGUGAAUGAACCAAUGGCAGGCCCCUAUGAAACCGCUAAAUAUACAGUGCAUUCAGAAAGUAUUCAGACAUCUUGACUUUUUCAAAAUGUUGUUACUUUACAACCUUAUUCUAAAAUGGAUUCAAUUGUUUUUUUUACUCAUCAAUCUACACACA